GUAAAGUACAUGCCAUCAGGUUUGCAUUAUUUACUUGAGAUUGACACAUUCAAUAUGGCGCAUGGAGUGGAUUGAUAUUUGAUGCUGUGGGCGUGCCCCCUUCGAGCGCUGCAAGUCAAGAUGACAACGUGUUGCUUCAAUUUGGCCUCAACUGUACAGAGUGUACCGACUAUAUAUUCACUCCACAAUAAUUUGGAUUUUCAUUAUUUGUUUUGCUUGCUACGAUCACAAUGUCGUCCGCAGAGCCUCGCACCUUUGAAAUGGCCAAAGACACCAUCCUGUCCAUGCGCAAUGACGCCACGACAGAGGAAAGGAUGCAAUACUAUGACCAAUGGGCCCAAACUUACGAGCAGGAUCUGUCACUUGUUGAGUACUGCGCGCACAGUCAGGCAGCAGCCAAGGUCUCCGCCCACUAUAGCGGUGAUCGUCAAGCGGCAAAGGUCUUGGACGUGGCCUGUGGUACGGGCAUGGUUGCCAAGAUGAUGAAGAAGGAGGGAUUCCAGCAAUUUGUAGGAGUCGAUGGCAGCGAAGGAAUGCUGCACCACGCCCGACAAAGUGGGCUGUACCAAGAACUCAAGAAGACCCUGAUCGGUGACAGGCCGCUGCCUGUCAAGUCAGAUGAAUAUGACGUAGUGGUCAUCACUGGCACAUUGAGCGCGAGUCACCUUCCGCCAAAGGUGAUCCGGGAGCUAUGCCGGGCUGCCAAACCAGGAGGCUUCGUAUGCAUGACCGCCAAGGGUGACCGUGAAAACCUGGAUUACAAAAUGGAUUUAGAGUGCGAGAUGAAGAAAAUGGUGGACGAAGGACAGUGGCGCCGCUACGAUGUCACUGACGUGACUUUGUGGCAGCGAGACUUGAUCGAUGACCAGGAAUAUAUGGCUGGAUGUGUGUAUCUGUUUCAAAAGCUCUGACACAACACGAUGCCUUGGCUGGGAUGCAAAGCGUGAAUAAAUGUCAUUUUUGUCCAUUUGUUAUCCAGCAAUUUAUGCACCCGAGUGACUGAUUUCAUCAACACAUGUCUAUAUUAAGAGUAGAAACAUUUUUGGGAAAACAGCAUGAUGUCAACGAUAUGGGGGGCCCACAUUGAGUCUCAAGUCAAUAGCAGUGAAACUUCACAUGCAGACCUCCCAUUUUAAAGACAUCUAUGACUGUCAAUGGCAGGCAGUGAGUUAAAUACUAUGAAAUUAAAAUACAUAAAUAAAUUUGACUGUUCUUAGAGGUCUUAACCAGAGUGCAUUUAAAUUUUAACUGAAAUUGUAUUCAUUUUGUUUUUAAUUAAUGUCUUAUUUAGGAUUGUUCUGAUCAUGUUUUUUUGCUCCCGAUCCGAUCCCGAUCGUUUUAGUUUGAGUAUCUGCCGAUCCCGAUAUUUCCCGAUCCGAUUGCUUUUUUUUUUUUGCUCCCAAUUCAAUUCCAAUCAUUCCCGAUAAUUUUUCCCGAUCAUAUACAUUUUGGCAAUGCAUUAAGAAAAAAAUUAAUAAAA